AAAGUGAAAUUAAAACGCAUACAUACAUAACGGUUCUGGUGUGGGUCUGAUUUUAGUAUCUUCUGCUGAGACAAAUCAGAUGUGCUCAAGGAUAGAGUUGAUAUAAAUAUAUUGAAGAGAGAAAAAUGGGAUCAUCAGAGUCUACACCAGUGCCACGGCCACCAUCACCACCACCACCAAAUCCAGAACUGGAUAAACCAUGGAGGAAAUUUGACUGGGGACAGAAAGAAGACCUAAAAAAAAAGCUUGAAAACUUCUGUCCAAGUCAUCCAGAAGUAAACUACAUCAAGAUCCUGGUAGCUGGAGAAGUUGGAGCCGGAAAGUCCAGCUUUAUUAACUCACUCGAUAGCACCUUUCUGGGACGGAUCUCCUCUAGAGCACUAGUUGAUACAUCUGGUGGUGACAGUCAUAGUUUCACUAAAAAUCUCAAAGGAUUCACCAUCAGAAGUGGGAAAAAAGCAUUGCCCUUCGUCUUCAAAGACAUCAUGGGAUUGGAACCUGAAGCAUUUGAAGGAUCGCAAACAGAAGAUAUCAUCAAUACUGUGUUUGGUCACGUGAAGGACGGCUAUGAAUUCAACGAAGAGAAGCCACUCAAUUUUAAGGAUCAACAAUUCAACCAAAACCCCAACCUCUCCGACCAGUGUUUCUGCCUGGUUUACGUCCUACCUGCAGAUAUAUUCCAAUACACAGAUGAUCGUCUUAUUGACAAGCUGAAGAUCAUCCGCAAGAGAAUCAGUGAAAAGGGGAUUCCUCAAGUGGUUGUCAUGACUAAAAUGGAUGAAGCAUGUCCACUGGUCAAUAAAGAUCUGAAAAAGAUGUACACUAGCAAGAAAAUCAAGGAGAAGAUGGAGUUGUGCAGUGCUAAAUUAGGUGUGCCAAUGACAAACAUAUUCCCUGUGAAGAACUACCACAAUGAGAUCGACACAGAUGAUGACAUUGAUGUUCUGUUACUAAAGGCUCUUGAACAGAUUGUUCAGCUUGCUGAUGAUAGAUUGGAGGAUAUUGAUAGCUACUGAGAAAAAUAAAGUAAUUUCUGCAAUUCUCAAGUGUAGUUUUCUAAUAUACUUUGCUUUGCUCACCAUGAGCAUCUAAUGUAAAAUGCUUUGGAUAAAAGCACCUGCUAAAUGCUUAAAUGUAAACGUAAAUUCAGGAUUUAGAAUUUAGCUGUGAGUAUCGUAGUCUUUGGCUUUGACCGGCAUGUGCAUCUUAUUUCAGCAGAUAAUCUUAACCAUUGCAAAAUUUGUCUUUGAAUGAAUCUUUAUUCCAGUGGCUACUGUGAUUUCCCAAGUAUAUAUGGCACAGACUAGUAGCCUACUGUAAUACUUGGGAAGUCGGAGCCUAAUGGUUAGAGAGUCAGACUCGCAAUUCAAAGGUUGUGAGUUUGAGUCUUGGGCUAGCAGGAAUUGUAGGUGUGGGGAGUUAAUGUACAGUCCUCUUCUCACCUUCUCCACCUUCUUCUUCAUGUUAGUGCAUGCGUGCGUGUGUGAGCACUUUGGAUGGGUUAAAUGCAGAGCAUGAAUUCCGAGCAUGGGUCACCAUACUGGGUGUAUGUCACAUCACUUUCAAACAGUGGCUAAACAGCAGCAAUAAAUAUCUACUGCAAAUUAGGAUGUCUGAAAUUAAGAAAAAGUUUUUUUUUAAUACAGGUUCCAAGCUGAAAAUUUAUUUGCAUUAACUGUAUUAAUUUAUGUAAUCAUUUUUCACAUUAUUAUUAUAAUGAAUACUUUUAAAGUGCUACACCAACCUGAACAAAACUUAUGGGGUCUGUUGUAUUAUUUUCUUUUCACAUGGCACAAGAUGGCUUUCUUGAAUGUCGGUUACACAAAAAAUGACAG